UAGAAAAUAUAUAAAGAGUUCGUUUUACAAAACCUCAACCCAUACAAAAUGUUCAGCUUGGUUGUAAUUCUGUUGGCGACAACACCUUUACUUGUGUCUUCGAAGUCAGCGUUGCGCGUUGAGGGCGGCAGAAAAGCUCUCAAUGACUCUAUACCGCAUCAGGUGUCGCUUCGCUUGAAGGGAUUCGGACACGACUGCGGCGGUUCCAUCAUCACACCACAGGCUAUAUUGACCGCUGCGCAUUGUGUUACAUCGACAAAACCUGACCAGUGGGAAGCUGUUGUCGGUACCAACCAACUCAACGCCGGUGGUCAGACCUACAGCGUCAGGAAGAUAGUGGCCCACGAGAAGUACAACGACAAAGGAAACCGCGGCAUUAACGACAUAGCGAUUAUGUUUACUGAUAAGGAUAUACAGUUCAAUGACAGAGUGCAGCCUGUAGAGCUGAACGAUGAGCUCCCAAAGGUGGGAGAGGAGUUGCGAGUUUCGGGAUGGGGAUUUACGACCCCUAAUGGACAAGUGGUGAACGACCUCAUGGAACUCCUUGAGAAUAUAGUAAUCUCUUACGAAGACUGCAAGGCCCUAAUGCGUGACUAUAAUCUACCUAUCUACGAGACACACGUCUGCACAAUGGUCGGGGCAGGCAAAGGUUCUUGCUACGGUGAUUCUGGAGGGCCCUUGACUCAAGUGGCUGGGAAAAAACUGGUAGGCAUCGUUUCUGAAGGGAUAUCGUGUGGUACAGGAUUACCAGAUAUCAAUACAAGUGUAUACUCCUACGUUCCAUGGAUAAAGAAGACCUUAGGUGACGAUGGACACUAUGCUGAAGAAAAUGUUUAUAUUGAUUUUGACUCUAGCGUAGAAACAAAACCUGACCAGUGGGAAGCUGUUGUCGGUACGAACCAACUCAACGCCGGUGGUCAGACCUACGGCAUCAGGAAGAUAGUGGCCCACGAGAAGUUCGAUAAAACGACUUACAGACAUGAUAUAGCGAUUGUGUUCACCGAUGAGGACAUACAGUUCAGUGACAGAGUGCAGCCUAUUGAGCUAAACGAUGAGCCGGUGCAGGAGGGAGAGGAGUUGCUAGUCUCGGGAUGGGGACAACUUUACGCAGGCGGACCAACACCAAACAACCUCAUGGAGUUGUAUGUGAAUGUGGUCUCAUAUACGGAUUGCAAGAGCGUACUUGCGACUAAAAAACCAAUCUACAAGACCGAAAUCUGCGCACUGGCUGAACCUGGCAGAGGCUCUUGCUCUGGAGAUUCUGGAGGCCCAUUGGCUGAAGUAACUGGGAGAAAACUGGUAGGCAUCGUAUCUUCAGCGAUACCGUGUGGUACAGGAGUACCAGAUCUUUAUACAAAUGUGUAUUCCUACCUACCUUGGAUCAAAAAGACGUUGUUACGUGAGGAAAUGACGAUAAACGCUUUUCUGAAAGUAUCGUUUUUCAUACUCAUUCCAUACAAAAUGUUUACCUUGCUAGUACUUUUGUUGGCGACCACACCUAUAUUUGUGUCAUCGCAGCCAGCGUUGCGCAUUGCGGGCGGCAAGAUGGCUCUCAAUGGCUCCAUACCGUAUCAAGUGUCGCUUCGCCUGGAUGGAUUCGGACACAUCUGCGGCGGUUCUAUAAUCACACCGCAGGCUAUAUUGACCGCUGCGCAUUGCGUUAAAUUCACAGAACCUGACCAGUGGGAAGCUGUUGUCGGCACCAACCAACUCAACGCCGGUGGUCAGACCUAUGGCAUCAGGAAGAUAGUGGCCCACGAGAAGUACAACAACAAAGGAAACUUCGGCAUAAACGACAUAGCGAUUAUGUUCACUGAUGAGGACAUACAGUUCAGUGACAAAGUGCAGCCUGUGGGGCUGAACGAUGAGCCUCCGAAAGUGGGAGAGGAGUUGAGGGUUUCGGGAUGGGGAUUACCUUCCCCUGAUAAACCAGGACCAAACGACCUCAUGGAGCUGUUUGUGAAUGUGGUAUCUUACGAGGACUGCAAGGCUGCACUUGAUCCCCAUGACAUACCAGUCUACAAAACCCAUGUCUGCGCACUGGCCGGACCAGGCAAAGGUUCUUGCAAAGGUGAUUCUGGUGGGCCCUUGGCUGAAGUAACUGGGAAAAAAGUGGUAGGCAUCGUAUCUGAAGGGGUACCGUGUGCUACAGGAGUACCAGAUCUCUACACAAGUGUAAGUUAA